AUGAACAGCAGUCAAGAGCCCCAGAAAACUCCACAGAGAGCCACCCACGAGCCUCGUGACACUCCUCAAGAUACUCUUCAGCGCUCUUCCCACCACCCGAAUCAAAUGGCUCUAGUCGACUCAAUUCGUGAUGGUGCAAGGGUUAUUAAUGAUAAGCUUAUAGCCAAAGGAUAUCUAUCAUCUCGUCCUGACAAACACAAGGGAAUUUUAUUGAUAUCUCUUGAUAAAAGUCAGCUAAUCAAGCCUUAUGAGGAUGUUAUAGUGAAGGAGGAAGCGUUGGAAAAUGACCGCAAAAUCAUAAAUACAGUCUACUCGUUGUUGGAUACCGUUGAAAUGUCUACCAGGUGCCUGGAAUCGAAAAAUAAAGCUGUAGAUGAGACAAAGGGAGAAGUGUCCAAACUAAAUAGUGAGAUAUACAAGUUACAGAGACAGCUUGGAGUGAAAGAUAAGGAGAUUCAAAGCUUCAAACAGAACAAUCUUCGACAAUCGAUCGAUAUGAAGACGAUGAAAGUCAAAGUGAGUAAUCUUAACAAGAAGAAUAAGGAAUGGGAGCAUAAUUUCCAGCUGUACAGUGCAGAGGUUGAUCGAGAGCUGCGUAGAAACGAGAUAGAGAUGGAUGAUCUGUCCAAUAAGCUACAGAGACGGAAACGGGGUCGAUCCGAGUCGCAAUUGGGUCGAUUGGACGAUUCAAAGGUUUCCAAGAGACGGCGUAUGGAGCUACGGGGUGACCCACGGGGAGACGCACGAAGUGACCCACCUAAUCCAUCUAGUCCACGUAUCGAAUCGAGUUUGGAGUCACUAAUUGAUGAAAAUAACCGACUUAGAGCCGAAAAAGAAGCUGUCCUAUGUUUCUCUGACAAUAUCUACACGUUUCUCAAGAAGUACAACGAUCUAUCCUUCGAUUUGAGGAUGAAUAUGAAGAGAACUCAGGUUCCUCAGGUUCCUCCAGUUCCUCUGUCGUUUAUUCCUUCAAAAGAAGAUGUGAUGCAUUUCGAUGCUACCAAAAGUGACCUAAGUGCAUUGGACAGCCGGUUCGUGGACUUGAUGGGUCAGAUAGAGACCGAAAGGAGUGAGGAUACCUUCAGGUUUAAGAGAUAG